AUGUGUGUGCAUUCCCGCGUCUGCAAAGCAUUUGCAGCAGGCACAUGUAGGCUGCGGCAAUGCUCGACGGACUGCGAAGCCGCAAAGCUGCAGGGAUUUUGCAUCGUUCCUCAUAAGCUCACCCGGAGCAAAGGUGCUGGUGCGACUUCUGAGAUCCUCCGAAUUCGCCUCCACUCAGCACGACCGACAGCGGCAGCGGAGCAGCAGAGGUACGAAUUGUGCUGCAAGCCAUUCCGGCCGGACAAGAUCAGGAAGCUGGUCCAUGACAGCGGCAUGGAGUUUUUCACAACAUACUUCGGACGCGUGCUUCAAAGCAAUGCGUCGCCAACAAAUGGGCGAUGGGCGAUGGGCGAGGAGGCUGGCAGCUGUCAGCUUCUGCUAGAGGAGAUGCAGAAGCUGCCCAGAGAGCCACAGCAGGCGGACAAAAUUGCACAGUCCUUGGACACCACCAGGGCUCCUGGCUUCAUUAAUUCCAAGAAGCAAAGUCGCAGAGGCCGGGUCGCGGGCAUGUAUUAA